CCCUCGUUCCGCCCGCGUACGACGACCAUUAGGCAACAGCUAAACGGUACAGCUAAACCCGGCUUGUCCGUCAUGGUGCCUGUAGCUAGCUAUGAAGGUAGGUAGGUAGCUUAGCUAUGUCGAGCUAUCUGGCCUGAGGCUUGAGACUCCCCCCCGCCGCUCAGCUUACUCUUGGCUGCCGCCAGCCUUCCUACAACCUCAUAUCAAGGGACCCAUCGUCAAUCUCUCUCCACCCCAAACCAUCUUGUCUCCUCUAGACUUCAAGACUCGAACACACAAAGAGUGAAGAAGGUCACGAUGUCCCAUCCACCCAUGCCUCGUCACGACAUCUGGAGCCCGGACGCGUUCCGGAACCCGGCGUUCGUGCCCCCAUCGGCCGCGGCAAGCCUCCCCCGCCGCACGCAUCCUCACAUCAGCGCACCUCCUCCUCCUCCGCCUCCCUCCCGUCUUACACCUCUUAAGUCGGAGCCCGGCAACGGCGGCGGCGGCGGUGAUGGCGUCACCAAGGAGUUCUUUAAGCACAGCAGCGCGAAGCGCGUCAACACGGACGCCGUCAUCACAAAGGCCCUCAAGGAACAGUACCCGCACCUCGAGCUCGUCGUGGUGCCCGAGAUGCUCGGCUACGGCAACGACUGCAACCUCCUCGGCUUCGCCCAGGCCGGCAACGCCACCUUCGAGCCCAUCGAGGACGUGGGCGGCGCGCUGCCCUCGUCGCUCGAGUGGCUCGUCUACCUGCCGCCCGCCCGCCGCCUGGACGGCGACCGCGGCGGCCUCGCCAACGCGCCCAUCUACGGCAAAUACCUGUACAAGUGGCAGGGCCACGAGUUCAUCGUCUACCUCGUCGACGGCCGCGACGGCACCGGCGCGUACCCGCCCAUCAAGAACUACUACGUCCUGGCCGCCGACUCGUACUACGCCGACCAGCUCGUGCUCGCCGCCGGCAAGUGGAGCAGCGACCUGCACGAGGAGGUCUGGGUCUACGACGAGGGCUACUGGCAGAAGAGCCGCGAGCUGUUCGAGAGCAUCCGCAACGCCUCCUGGGACAGCGUCAUCCUCGACGAAGACAUGAAGCAGGCCCUCGUCGAGGACCACCUGUCCUUCUUCAACUCGCGCGACACGUACCAGAACCUGCGCGUGCCGUGGAAGCGCGGCCUCAUCUACUACGGCCCGCCGGGCAACGGCAAGACCAUCUCCAUCAAGGCCACCAUGAACAUGCUGUACGGCCGCGGCAUCCCGACCCUGUACGUGCGGACCCUGGUGUCGUACAUGGGGCCCGAGUACUCCAUCAAGCAGAUCUUUGGCAAGGCCCGCGAGUACGCCCCCUGCUAUCUCGUGCUGGAGGACCUUGACACCAUCAUCUCGGAGGGCGUCCGGAGUUACUUCCUCAACGAGAUGGACGGCCUCAAGUCCAACGACGGCAUCUUCAUCAUCGGCAGCACGAACCACCUUGACCGCCUCGACCCGGGCAUUGCUAAACGCCCGUCGCGCUUCGACCGCAAGUACCUCUUCCCGGACCCCAACCUCGAGCAGCGCGUCGCCUACUGCCACUUCUGGCAGAAGAAGCUGCGGUCCAACAAGGACAUCGAGUUCCCCGACAAGCUAUGCGACGCCGUGGCCGGCAUCACGGACAAGUUCAGCUUCGCCUACAUCCAGGAGGCCUUCGUCGCCGCCCUGCUCGCUAUCGCGCGCCAGUCGGACGGCAGCAGCAGCGGCAAGAAGCGCGAGAGCGCCCGGCCGGCGCUGACGGAGCAGCUCGACGACGACUGGCUCGGCGUCGUGGACGCGUCCGGGGACGAGGACUUGAAGAAGCUGGUGCUGUGGGUCGAGAUCAAGAAGCAGAUCGAGAUCCUGCGCGAGGGCAUGGAGCAGGAGACGGCCACGUCGGCGUGAUGCUGAUGUGUGUUUUGAAGUGGUCUAGGCUCGGGCGAUGAUGGUCAUCCAUAAGUCUUGAUAACGGCACCACCAUCUGAACUGAACUGUAUGAUAGUAUGGUAAUGGAUAAUGAAAACGAAUGAUCAAACGAUUC